AUGGCUGACAUUGCUCACCACUCUUGCAGCACCUCCCUCUUUCCCUUUCAAUCUCCCUCUCUCCCUCUUUCCCUCUCUCUCGUUCUCCCUCUCUCUUGUUCUCUCCCUCUCUGCCUCCCUGCCUCCCUGCCUCCCUGCUUUCCCCCCUCCGUCCCCCCUUCUUUCCCACCCCCCUUUCUCCCUCCCCCCUCUUUCCCUCCCCCUUUUCCCCCCUCUCCUCCCUCCCCCACUCUCUCCCUCACCCCCUCCCUACCUCCCCCCCUCCCUCCCCCCCUCUCCCUCCCUCCCCUCCUCCCUCCCUCCCCGACUCCCUCCCCCCCCCGCUCCCUCCAACCCUCCCACCCUCCUCCCUCCCUCGCCCCUCCCUCCCUCCCUCUCCAUUCUGAGAAUGCAACAAGCUAUGCGCUCAGAAGACCUUGGGAUGGGGGCAUAGUUUGCGCGCAGGCGCACAUGCCGCAGGCAAGGACGGCGAGAAAAAGCGCAACUAGACCAGCCGACUGUGGCGAGUCCUCCCCGUCCGACGCGGCAGCUCCUCGCGUCAGCGACGCGGUCGAGUGGAUUCGCGCAAACCGCGAAUGGCUGCUGGACACGUGGCAGCUGCACGGCGCGGUGCUGCUGCGGGGCUUGCCUCUCGAGUCGCCAUGUGACUUUAACGAGGUCGUGGAGGCCUUCGGAUUGGACGAGCUGUCUUACGUGGGCGGCGCGGCUCCACGAACGAAGGUAGCUCCACGUGUGUUCACAGCAAACGAGUCGCCUCCGGAUCAGAAGAUUCCAUUCCACCACGAGAUGGCGCAGGUACCCGAGUACCCCACCCGCCUCUUCUUCUUCUGCGAGACCCCUCCAGCCACAGGGGGCGAAACCCCCAUCCUGCCUUCCUGCGAGCUGACUCGCCGCCUGGCUCUGAAGCACCCCUCGUUCGUGGCACAGCUGAGGGCCAAGGGGCUGCUGUAUGUGCGUGUUUUACCGGAAGUGGACGAUCCGAGCAGUGCUAUCGGGAGGGGAUGGAAGUCCACGUUUCUGACUGACAACAAGGAGGAAGCUGAGCAGAAGUGA